AUGAGCUCUCUGAGUCCGUCGCUGGAAACAGCGGUGCUCUCCAGCCCGCAGUCUCUCUCGCCGUGCACCCCCCGCCUCGACACCGUCUCCCGGACGUCGUCCUCGACCCAUUUGUCACCACCGAAGGACUGCAGUGCAAGCUUCACGGUGUCUCGCGCGACGUCCGAGGCGACCACCGCUGCCCCGCCGCCGGCACCGCCGGCCAACGCCGACCAUCUCGCACUGCGUCCCACGAGCAGCCUUCAUUCUCUCUUUUCAAAGUACAAGCCCCCUGCUCUCCUCGGUGGGCGUCCGUCCCCCAGCUCGGAGACGACGUCGGAGAUGGUCUCGCGCGGGUCGUGCGUGAAGCGGGAGGAGGAGAUGCAGGUGGAUGAGUUGCUACUGGAGAACACACACACGUUUCGCGUCUCACCUCCGCUUGUGGAGAUGGCGACGGCGGUUAACACAACUCCCGUUACCGCUGCUGGUACAGAGGAAGCGAAGGAGGAGUCGCCAGCACAGGAGAACACUGUCGUGGACGUGUCGAAGGGCGAUAGCGGCGGCUUGCAGGCGUCGUCCCCAAACCAGCGCGUGAGACCGACGUUUCUGACACGUCUGUCGCUGCAGUUGGAGACGAGCACCACGACAAAGACGACGGCGCGCGGCAGGGCGGUGGAUUCGUGCAACCCGCAGCGGCACAGGAUUGCGCCACACAACCUGACGUCGCCGUCUUCGCUGCGCUUGCCUGACGCGGUGGCGUCCGCACGGCAGGCUCUCGUCAGCACCGUGCUGUACCCUGUGUCACCGUCGUCCGGCCAAGGCUCACCUCGACGGCCACUUCCGGCCUGGUCCCCCAGCGGAAGUCUGGUGGCGUCGAACGUCUCAGCCCAAUGGAGCCCUCCUGAGGAUCGCGAGCAGCCGCGCCCUUUAAUGGGCUUUCCCGUCUUCAGCGGCCUGACCGAAACGGUGCUGAACCGCAGUUCGCGAUCCAUCCGCGGCGGCGCCAGCGUGCGAUCGAGCAGGAGGUCGAGGGGCCGAGGGCUGACGACACCGCGCGAGAGGCCGGCGGUCGCCACACCACCCGUGGCCGCUCCGAGCUGUCCUGCGAACCCUUCCAGUCCGCACGUCGGUCCUGCCACGGAUGGCCCCUCAAGGGAGAAGAGUGAGGCGCUGGGCUCGACGCUGGCCGACACGCCGUCCCGCCUCAGCGAGAGCGUCAGUGGCGUCUUUCCGCUGUUGUCGCCGUUCACGUCGUUGGGCGCGACUGCGACGACGGGGGCUGUGCUGUCGUCGGAGGAGAUCAUCGUCCCCGGCAGCUCCGGCUCGCGGUCUCUGGCAGACGUCCGCGAUUCCGCGCGACGCCGCGGGUCGACGCCGCGCCAAGGACCUGGCGUGGCCCUCAGCGUGAGUGAAAUCCUCACCAGCUCCAACUGCCUGCCCACUGCGGUCAACACCACCACCACCUCCUCCUCCCUCCCCCCGUCGGCCCCAUCGGUGCAGUUGUGUGCGCCCGUACCCCGCCAUUUGUAUCGCGUCGCCCACGAUGGCCACGCAUCGGUGGAGCCGCUCGCCCCGCCUGAUGGAAGGCGGGUGUCGCCGCUGCCGGCCAUCACACCUGUCAACUCGCUGAGCAGUGCAACGGCGAACGGGUCGGUGGACUCGUCUCGGCCACUGAGCUACGUCAACAGUCUUGGCUCGUCGUUGCCGCCGCUGUCCUCGCAGGUGUCGAACUCCACUGCACAGGAGACGAGCGCUCCAUGUUUGGAGCGUGCGUCCUCGGCGGUGUACGUGGGCGACCUGUCCUGCGCUUCUCGCGGCAAUGUGUCACGCUCUACACGGGCAGAGUCGGCGGGGCCGCGCUCCUCGUUGUUGGGUCACCUUUUUCAAGAGCCGAAAAGGCACAAGAACCGCGUGUGGGUCAAUACCGGCUCUGACGAUCCUUCUCCAUUUCCCUCAAACGGGCAGCGGAAAGACCAUCACGCCUAA